CGUGACAAUAUCUCAAUUUCUGUUGUUCACACGAGGAUACUCGUUUUCCUGCUGGAACACAACGAUGUCGUUGGUCAGCACAUUAAGAAAAGGUGCAGCUCAAAAUUGGAUGUUGGGCCUCUUUAGGACUUUACCCCGUUUCGCAUCUAGUAUGAAGUUGGAGCAAAACCAAGGAUCUGCAAGACACACCAGUGCAGCAGCUAUGAUUAGAGGACUUACUUCUAUCCGCUUGAGCUCUACAACGCCAAAUUAUAGUGAAGUAAUAGAAAAAUCAGGCAGCAUGGCUGCCAGUGCCGGCUACAAGUCAGAAGAACUACUAGAUGUAGCUGCAGGGACAGACACUUCAACUGUCAGUCGAUGGGCAGAAGAUGCUGCUCAAUAUACACAAGACAUACAGUCCAUGGGUGAGAUAGCAGCUGCAGGCUUGGGUGGCUACUCGCCUGUUGGACUGCUUCAACAGACAUUUGAGUUUCUGCAUGUCAGUACUGGGCUGCCUUGGUGGGCAACAAUAGCAGUGACCGGCCUGGCUAUCCGUAUAUUGAUGUAUCCAUUGGUAAUAAAGGCACAGCAGAAUUCUGCUCGGUUGAGUAACAUAUCACCCGAGAUGGAAAACAUUUCUAGGAAAAUGCGUGAAGCAAACAUGUCGGGUAAUACCAUGUCUGCAGGGAUGGAGAUGGCACGGCUGCAAGCUUUAUUUGAAUCAAACAAUGUCAGCUUGGCUCGGAACUUCCUUCCUUUAGCCCAAGCUCCAGUGUUUAUAUCAUUCUUUAUUGCUUUGAGGCAAAUGGCGAGGGUUCCUAUUGAGUCUAUGAAGACAGGUGGCUUCCUGUGGUUUACAGAUUUGACUGUCUCUGAUCCAUACUUCUUGCUGCCACUCAUCUCAGUUAGUACAAUGCUGUUGGUAAUGGAAGUUGGGGCUGAAGGUGGAGUGAACGUUGAGAGGUUACAAAAGAUGAAAUGGGUGUUUAGAGGAUUGGCUGUGAUCACUUUCCCUAUCAUGAUCAAGAUGCCGACGGCCUUAUUUAUGUAUUGGGUAGCUUCCAACAUGUUUGCUCUUUCAAUUGCUCUCUUACUGCGUUACCCUCUCAUCCGCCAAGCAGUUGGCAUCCCUCAAGUCAUCCAUCGUCCACCAAGUCAGGCAAAUCCAAAAACAGGAUUCGUUGAUGGACUGAAACAAAGCUAUAAAACAGCUCAAGCUCAAGCCAUUAUCAAACAACAAGAACAACUGAAAAAAAAUCUGCUGAAGAAAGCUGGACAAGCAAAGAUUCAAACAACUUACAAAUACAAACCAAAAAAGAAAUGAUAGCUACUAGAUAUUGAUAUUAACCAGAUAAUUGUCCUAAUAAACAACAUGAUGUAACAAUUAAGAAUAUCUAUUUUGAUCAGUUAUUACCCUGGUCACGUGACAUACAUAUGACCGACUGACUCGCUCUGCCCCCUCUGUUAGUAACUUCUUGUGGACAGGAAAA